AUGCCAACAACUGCGGCUACCCUUAGAGAAGAGUUUCAGAGUUUGAAAACCACUAAACCAGGGUCAAUCACGACAUUAGAGCAACUUGCGCGCGAGACAACCAAUGAUUCGAAAUUACUACAGAACAAGAGACAAGUUCAAAAACAAGUCUUGACUGCAAUGAGUCUAGCAUAUCUCGAUCAACAAACGCAGGAGAAGUUGUUGCAAAAGAUAUCAGAUUGUGAAAGUAAGGAAGAUCUACUACGUUUCUAUGAUGAAGACUUUGAUGAGCAGUUGGCUAAAGAGGUGAAUGACUUGGAACUUAAUUGGAAGGAGUUGGAUAAGGUAAUGAAUGAUAAACAUGAGGAGUUGAGACAUUUGGCGGAUAAUGUUAGCAAACGGUAUUUAAAUUGUGAAGAAAUGCAAAAUAACACCGCCCAAUUGAUCGAAGAAUGCGAACAAUUGGAACUUGAGUUUGAAGAGUUGAUUAACGAAGAUAAUGAGGAUAAGGAGUUGCUCGAAUCUGCACUGAAAGUGGAGGCAUUUGAUACAGACCCAUCACAACUCAACAGUCAGGCUAGAUCUGACGUGGAUGAGGAUUUGAGGAAUAUUCAUGAAAUUAUUAGCAAGAAAGAAGCUGACAUCAGUGAUGAAAAAAGUCAUAUUGAGUUGCUAAAAGUGCAAUUGGAAGAUAAAAAGCGGCAGUUGGAGAAGUUACCGAAAGAUGACUUGAAAGAGGAUGAUCCUGUACGAAAAUUUUAUUAUUUCUUGAGAAAAUUGAAUGAGUUAUUGGAAUUACUUUGA